CUCUGGGCGGGCGGAGCGCGGCUCGGGCCGGGCCCGCGGCGCAGGGCGGGCCCGCGGCCCAGUUCCUGCCGGGGGGAUGGCGCGGCGGCCGGGCGGGCCGGGGCUGCUGUGCCUGUGCCUGUGCCUGCCGCUGUGCCUGGCGCGCCCGCCCGCCCCGCACCUGGUGCUGGUGCUGGCCGACGACCUGGGCUGGGGCGACGUGGGCUGGCACGGCUCCGCCAUCCGCACGCCGCGGCUGGACGCGCUGGGGGCGGGCGGCGUGCGCCUGGAGCGCUACUACACCCAGCCGCUGUGCACGCCGUCCCGCAGCCAGCUCCUCUCGGGCCGCUACCAGAUCCACACAGGUUUGCAACACCAGAUAAUUUGGCCAUGCCAGCCCAGCUGCCUGCCACUGGAUGAGAAACUCCUCCCAGAGCUGCUUCAAGAGGCGGGAUAUGUGACUCACAUGGUGGGGAAGUGGCAUUUGGGGAUGUACAGAAAAGAAUGCCUCCCAACACGCAGAGGAUUUGACACUUACUUUGGCUAUCUCCUGGGCAGUGAGGAUUAUUACACCCACGACCGCUGUGUACUCAUCAAAGCAAAGAACGAGACGCGCUGUGCUCUGGACUUCCGAGACGGAGAGGAAGUGGCAACUGGAUUUAAGGAUGUGUACUCCACGAAUUUAUUCACAGAAAGGGCUAUAGAUCUCAUAGCCAAUCACAAAACUGAGAAGCCCCUCUUUCUCUAUCUGGCCUUUCAGUCUGUGCAUGAACCUCUCGAGGUCCCUGAGGAGUACGUGGAGCCAUAUUCUUCCAUAAAGGAUGAAAAGAGACGCCGUUAUGCAGGAAUGGUGACUCUUAUGGAUGAAGCUGUAGGAAAUCUCACUGAUGCUCUGAAAGCAUACGGUCUUUGGGACAACACAGUUUUUGUUUUCUCCACUGAUAAUGGAGGACAAACUUUAGCAGGGGGGAAUAACUGGCCACUGAGAGGGAGAAAAUGGACCCUCUGGGAAGGAGGAGUGAGAGGUGUAGGCUUUGUUGCAAGUCCUUUGCUGAAACGAAAAGGUGUAGAAAGUCAUGAGCUGAUCCACAUCUCCGACUGGCUGCCAACGCUGGUGCACCUUGCUGGAGGACAUACCAAUGGCACUAAGCCUUUGGAUGGCUUUGAUGUUUGGAGCACUAUCAGUGAAGGAAGACCUUCUCCCAGAGUGGAACUGCUCCAUAACAUAGACCCCAUGUUUGUGGAUGACUUCCCAUGUCUUGGCAUUGACGAGAGGACAUCUUUACCACAGAGCAAUUCUUCUCCAUGGGAUGAUAGACUUUUCAAUAUAUCCAUACAUGCAGCAAUAAGGCAUGGAAAAUGGAAGUUACUAACUGGAUAUCCAGGCUGCAGUCACUGGUUCCCUCCACCAUCGCUGUUCAAUGAGUCACAGAUUCAGUCGUCUGAUCCAUCAACAAAGAGACUUUGGCUGUUUGAUAUUGUUCAUGAUCCCGAAGAGAAAUAUGAUGUGUCUGAGAAAUACCCUCACGUGGUGGAAAAACUGCUCUCACGGCUUCGGUAUUACCACAAACGUUCAGUGCCUGUGUUCUACCCUGAUGAGGAUCCCAACUGUGAUCCAGCAGCAGCUGGGGCUUGGGGUCCUUGGGCAUAGUGCACACAUUGCAUCCUGCAAAAAAGUGCUGUAGAAGAGUCUGGUGUAUGGACUGGGAGUCUUAGUCACGUAUUUUUUACUUUCCUAAAUGGGCUGUUGCUAAUUGUGAGCUUAUUCUUUGAAUAAUUCAGUAUUUCUUAUUCUUGAUACACUGGGAAUCUUAUUUCAGUCUUUUCCCACUCUCCCAUUCCCAAAAAUUGUAUGUGAAAUGUUAGUAAAAUUAGUUUUAUUAUUCUUUUAUUUGAAUUAAAUUAAAUUUAAAAUAUUA